CAAGCAAGCCAGUGAAAAUGAUGUACCAAAAGAAGAAGUUCUUUAUCUCACAUAUUCAAGAAUUUAAUCUCCACAUUCUUGAGCUGCCAUACGUUGGUAACGACUUAAGCAUGAUCAUCUUGUUGCCAGAUGACAUCAUGGAUGAUUCUACAGGCCUGAAACAGCUGGAGCAGGAACUUACAUUAGAAAAACUGCAAGAGUGGACACAUCCAAACUGUAUGAGAAAGCUGGAUGUUCAUGUUCGUCUGCCCAAAUUUAAACUGGAAGGUGACUAUGAGCUGAAAUCGCCGCUGUCCAGUUUAGGCAUGGGGGAUGUUUUCAACAGUUCGAGGGCCGAUCUAACUGGAAUGUCUGCAACCCGUGACUUGUAUGUUUCCAAAGUUGUGCACAAGUCUUUUGUGGAGGUGAAUGAGGAGGGAACUGAAGCAGCAGCAGCUACAGCAGUGAUGAUUCAAUUCUGUAUGGUGAUGGAUGAAGAGUUUUUCACUGCUGAUCAUCCCUUCCUCUUUUUCAUCAGGCACAACAAAACAAAGAGCAUUCUGUUCUUUGGCAGGUACUCUUCUCCCUGAACACCACCUAAGCAACACUACACAAUAAAACCUGAAAGCAAAAUGUGGAAAUACAUUGUCAUUAAACAUGAAAGAAUGAUCUUAAUAGCAAUGAUAUUAAAUGAAUGCAUUUUA